UCCGCCUCAUAAAUUAAAAAGGGGAAGAGGGGAGGGAGAAACAAAUUUUAAUUACUUCGUUAAAUACUUCCUUUUAAUUUGCUGUAAACAUUUCAUUUGUAUUUGCACUUGAAGAUCUUUCCUUGCCCAUCUCUUUUUUCUAGGGUUUUGGUCAUUUUUCUUUUCCGUUUUUGAGUUGUGAAAUUAUGAGAAGCGUGAAGGAAGAAAAACGAGCAGAUAAAGCCAAUGAAGAAGCUAAACCGCUUCGAACCAGGGUGGCGAGACCUGCCCGACAUGACUCGGCGGAUGUUGAGUCGGAUCAGCUCAGUCGGCAAGAGGAUGCGGCCAACCGGAGACUUCUUCGCUCCAAAUACCUUGCCGUGAUGACCAAAAUCAACGAUGCAAGGGAUGAAAUAUCGAAGGUUGAUUCUAAUAAAUUUAACAUCAUCAUUAAUGAAGUCGACAACUUGCAUCAACAAGUGUCGAAGCCGCGAGAACAAGUAGCAGAUGCAGAGGCAUUGUUGGACAUAGCUAACACAUUGGCAACUUCUGUCAAGUCAAUCUCUUGUGAGGGAAUUAGCCUAGCAGACUAUGUCAAUUGUUUAGUUAGAGAGUUUGGGAAGUCCAACAGGAGCCUCGACACACAAGAAAAUGAGCAGAUAUCGAUCAAUUGGAAAGAUAUUGGGAUGGCUGUUUCACCAUUCUUUACAACUUGCAAAGGAAUUUGCACCAUGCUUGGUCCUAUGAAGAAUGAGUUAAAGCAAAGGAAGUCUAUCGUUACUAGAAAGCGUGCUAUUAGACCAACUGAUACUGCUAGGCCUGAAGAGGUUGAUGAUGCUGGUGCUGAAGAGAAAACUGAUACUGACAAAAAUAUGGCAACGAUGUUUGAAAUCUUAAGGAGAAAGAGACAAGUGAAACUUGAAAGUUUGAUUUUGAAUAGAAGCUCUUUUGCACAGACUGUGGAGAAUUUAUUUGCUCUUUCCUUCUUAGUCAAAGAUGGGAGAGCAGAAAUUGUUGUGGAUAAAUCUGGCUCUCAUAUUGUUUGUAAGUAUAUUUCAAGACAAUUAAUUUGUAACUUAACAGAAAUUUUUGUUUGCGUUUUACAUCGGUUAUGCUAUUGGCUCAUUUAUUGUUUUCUUUCAGCGCCCAAAAAUGCUCCUGGUACUAUGUCUGUAACAACCGGCGAGGUUACUUACAGCCAUUUUGUGUUUAGGUUUGAUUUUAAGGACUGGAAGUUAAUGAUGAGCGGGGUGCCAGUUGGAGAAGAGUUGAUGCCUCACCGGGAAGAAUCACACUCAAUUCUUUCCAAGGCAGAAUCAGCUGCAAACAGCUCAGAAGGAGCACAGACUACAACACCAAUCCGAAAAUUAUCUAGGAACCGAGGGUUGGUUUUGCAAGAAUCCAUUGUAGAAGACUCGCCUGAAAUUGAUGAUGCUAGCAAAGGCCCUGGCAUUCGCAGGUGUAGGCGUAAGCUCAAUUGAUGAGUGGCCUUUUCUUUUUUUAAAAUCACAUACUGUACAACUAUUUUGAAUGUUGUGAUGUACAUAGGAGUAGGUCAAAGACCACAUUGCCAGUUGCUAAAUUUUGUGCUAGUAUAUUCCUCUGGCAAUGGGCGCUUUGGCCGACUUUGAUUGAUCUAUGUUAGGGCAGAAUCAUUUUGGAUUCUAGAUAAAUGAAUACAUUUUCUCUAACUUUCUUAUGCUGUGGACAAACUUAUUUGAUUAAUGGACUCCACUUAUGCAUUGUAGUUA